GACAGUUGAUAAAAUGUUUGAGAUCCUCUGGACUGACAUUUUCCAUAUAAUUCACAAUAAAACCAAUUAACUCAUGGUGUAAUAAAAUUGUUACUACACCAUAGAACUAACAUUUUCAUUAAUUAUUGAACAUAAACAACUGGAGUAUGAAAAUAGCUGGUAAAUAUGGAAAGCUCGAAUUCAAAUUCUGUUGGCCUUCUCAAGGACAUAUUUACUACAGUUGAUAAAUGUCUCACAGACGAAGAGAAAAAUCGUUUGAAAGCUCAAGAUACUCGCCUAGUGCCAGAAUUCAAAGCCAAGAUGCUUGAAGAUCAAGCCCAACGACAUUGGGAUAUUUUCUAUAAACGCAACGAAACCAAUUUUUUCAAAGACCGUCGCUGGACUACACGUGAAUUUGAAGAAUUGCUGGAGGAGACGCAAGGAAGAAACGAUGGUCAGAAAUUCGGCAAUGCCAAAGACCAGCGCCGUCUUUUCGAAGUCGGCUGUGGAGUUGGAAAUCUGAUAUUUCCAUUAAUAGAGGAACAACAAAAGAUAAAUUUUAAAGUUAACAGGGGUUGGUUUUACUACGCGUGCGACUUUUCACCACGCGCCAUUGAAUUCGUGCGCUCGAAUCCACUGUACGAUGAACGUCAAAUACACGCCUUCCAAUGUGACAUUACCACGGAUCAGAUACACACUCAUAUAUCGGAAUGUUCCUUGGAUAUUAUCACAAUGAUAUUUGUAUUAUCUGCAAUACAUCCACAUAAAUUCGCCGUCGUUGUAGAAAAUAUUUAUCGUCUACUAAAGCCGGGCGGGAUUGUGCUCUUCCGCGAUUAUGGACGCUACGAUAUGGCGCAGUUGCGUUUCAAGCCUGGUAACAAGAUCGCAGAGAAUUUUUACAUGCGGCAAGAUGGCACAAGAAGUUAUUUUUUUGCUGAGAAGGAACUAACAGCAUUGUUUACAGACUCGGACAAAUUUGAAGUUAUUGAAAAUUCCUACGUUCACAGACGUACACUGAAUAUCAAAGAAGGAAUCGAUGUGCCGCGUAUUUUUCUGCAAGCGAAGUUUCGGAAGAGAUAGUAAGGGGCAGAAAUGACACUUUGAAUUCAUCAAGAAUCAUUUAUUAGCUUUAUUAUUUGAGUUUAAUAAUAGAUAACAUUUUGUUAGAUAACAUUGAAUAAAUAUAUCUAUUUUUAUCAGUUGUGGAUUAAGAAUUAUAAUUCUUGAAACAUAAGAA